UGAGCCACGACGGGAACUCCUGGCUCUUUGUCGUGUCUGGCCUGGCUUGCAUCUCUCUGCGCCCAUCCACCCAUGCCCCGUGGGUGUGGGUGUGGACGUGUAUUUCUGUGUUUCUGUGUUUUCAGCGUGUCUCUCCGUGUCUUCCCACUCUUUGUCCCUGCCUGUGCGUGAUAUGCAAGCAGCCCUGUUUCAUGCUUUCUCCCUGUCCCCCUCUGUCUCUUCCCCUUUGUGAGACGUGUGUGUGUGUGUGUGUGUGUUUAGUGUGUGUUGUGUGUGUGUCCGUGCACGUCUCUCUCUGCCUGAUCGCCUCCGUCUUGGUCUCUGUCUCUCUCUGUCUCUCUCUGUCUCUGCCUCUGUGAGAGCCGAGCCUGUCCGGCAGAGCAGCGGAUGUGUGAGGGAUGAUUCAGUGGCUGACAGGAAGCCCGCCGCCUUGCCUGCUGCCCGCCAGUGUCUGUGGCGUUGGCAUCGGCUCCGGCAGGUGUGUGGGCUCAGGAUGAGGUGGCCGCAGUGAGGAGCGCCUGGCUCUCAGCCCUGCAGGUAGAGUGGCCAGGAGUGGACAUGGGCCCAGAGACAGAGCUGCUGUGGCCGGGGGCGGCCCUGCUGCUGCUGGUGGGGGCCGCGGCCGGCCUGUGUGUCCGCUGCUCCCGCCCAGGUGCAAAGAGGUCUGAGAAAAUCUACGAGCAGAGGAGCCUGGAGAAUCAGCAGAGCUUUGCAGUGGCCCGGACCUACACCUUGGUCAGGGAGGCCUGGCCAGAGCCCCUGAUGGACACGGCCUCCAAUGUGACAUCAACAAGGAAGGACAAGCUGCUGCAGUUCUCCCCCAGCCUUGAGGAUCCCGACUCCUCCAGGUACCAGUACUUCAGCAAAGGAAGCAGACCCAGAUCAGAUGCAGUCUACAUAGACCCCUUGGCGACCGAGGAUUAUUACAACUGGGGGCAGUCCCAGAAGCCCUCGGAAGAUGACGAUGACACCAAUUCCUAUGAGAAUGUGCUCAUCUGUAAGCCACCGAAAAUCGAAUCAGGGGACGAGGGGUCUGAGGAUUAUCAGAACUCGGCAUCCAUCCAGCAGUGGAGGGAGUCCAAGAGAGUCGUGGAGCCUGUCACGAGGGAAGCACCACCCUCCCCGGGAGGAAGCCCAGACGAGGAGCCCGAUUACGUGAACGGCGACGUGGCGGCCACCAAAGCCUAAGGCACACCUGGAGGAAGGAGCCCAGGAACCAUUUAUCAUCACCCCCCCAGGAUCCCUUCUCCAGAGCUGCUCAACUUCUAGACUCUCCCCAGCUGUUCCUGGAGGACCACCCAUCAGGCCACCGGGCACCCAGCCCAGGAGCAGACACUUGCCCAGGAAUGGCCCUCUGACCAGCUCCCGUGGGCGGGGCAGGAGCCUGGCACCCAGGGCAGCUCCCACGGUGGUAUGAUGCCCAGGACUUUAGGCGGUAGCAUCUCCUUAACCACACUUAAAAUGUACUACAUGGGUGUUUGUGUCCUUUUUUGCUUUGGAUCUUGAUCCCAAAAUUGCUUACUAAUGUCAGUUGCUGGGAUUUUUUCGUGAUGGAUAAGCUUGUACAGUUAACUUAUAGAGGUGGGACUGUAUGCAACGCUCUGCGCCUCUGGGCAGAGGUCUGUGUCUAUCUGGUCUCCUACAAGCAUUACAGGUACUAAACGUCAGCAGUUAGGGGAGUCCUGUGUGCCCUUCUUUGUUGACUGAUUUCGAGACGCGGCCCUGAGCCAUCCUGAUGACCCUUGGGUGGGAGCGUCUGCUGUGGACGGAGAGCGUGUCGGUUCUGGAGAAAGGCAGGCAGACCCGAGUGGCCCUGAGUGACGUCACCUGGAUGCCCUAAAUCCUCAGCUGAUGGGGCAGAAACGUGACUGUCUCAUGUGAAGGGCAGGGGCCCACGUCAGAAACACGAGUCAAAAUGCCUCAUCCAACCAAAAAUGUCUCAAUAAACUGUUCCAGUUUAAGAGCAGUGA